AUGCCACGUUUAACCUCACCGGGCAUUAUCGUCAACGGUCUCCCCAAUUUGGAGGGCGGCACGAGCGCCGCAUCACCCACAUUUGCGUCGAUCAUUGCGCUGAUCAACGACCGGCUCAUCGCUGCGGGCAAGCCCGUACUGGGUUUUCUAAACCUGUUCCUGUACGCCAAUCCGGACGCGUUCAACAAUAUCACCAUGGGCCACAACACUGGUCUCUUAUGCCCCGAAUCUGGUGUCGGCUUCGACGCAACAACCGGUUGGGAUCCCCUCACGGGACUGGGAACUCCCAAUUUCACAAGCCUCCUUGCCGCGGCGAUGGCUUGA